CUCCACAUACUCCACUUCACUUUGUCUUUCUCCAGUCCGGUAACACUCAACUGCUUCUCCGUUUCCCGAAGAUGAAGAUCACUCUUGCCACUCUUCUGCUUUUGAACGCUGCUGUCUUCUUCAAUGGUGUAACUGCUGCUCCGUGCGACACAACGGCGAUAGCAAAGCUCCUGAUAAAUGGAAACGUGCAGACGUGUCGCGCUGACUCCGGAUACAAUCCUGCGUCGAUGACUGCGGCAACGGAUGCGCAAGUCACCGCUGUAUGCAACAGCAACGCGUGUACUGAGGCGAUGAAAGCCUUGAAGCAAGUGGCACCGGAGGAGUGUACGAUCGGUCCCGUUCGUCUGUAUGCUGAUAUCAUCGAUCCCCUUGAGCGACGCUGUGGAAGAAAAUUCGGUGCUGCUGGGUCGGCUGGGUCUGCUGGGAAUGCAUCAGCUGCAGGCUCUGGACCUGCAGUCGGUGAUUCUCCGACGACCACCAAGCCACCGACGAACACUCCGGCGAGUCCUCGCACCACCCCACCGUCGACAACGCCUGCGAACGGAGGCACCGACAAGUCCACUCUAUCGGCGGUCGGUGCUGCUGCGGUGCUCGCCACAGUGGCCGCUGCGAUCCUCUAAGAUACCCUGAAGGCUGUGUAGCAUUCAUCUUUUGACUGAUCCGCACAGAAUGCUGCACUCAACGUUCUUUUCUCUAUUAACAACGACGCGUACCUCUUGAACAAUGUUCCUUGG